CAUGAAGAUACUUUAUUGUGUUGCCUUCCUAGCCUCAUGCCUAACGAGGCAAACUUUUGGCCAAUUGCAAAGCGAGCAGCCGUUAGCUCUGCUGAAAGCAAGCGGAGAUGAUUCGAAAACUCCACUUAUUAUGCUCUCAAAUCCCUUUGCAAAGCCAACGUUUGGGACGUCGAUAAAAUCAGAACAGGAACCUGAGACCACUCUAAUGCCAGAAGCUGCAAACACUCUUUCACCAGUAAUAGAGGCAGUGGAUGCUUCCACAGAAAAGCCACCUAAAAAAACCCGACCUCCCCAGAAGCAAAAACCAGGUUUUAAUCAUGGCCAGAAACAGAAAUACCCAGUGCAGGACUUAUUGCUAAUGCCAGGAAUGUGGGAGACUUCCCCAAUCAUUGGCCAUGGAAAAUUGGAUACACUGGUUGCUCAACCUGUUUUCUAUCCCAUUCCAGUCUAUAUCCCGUACCCUAUUCCUUUUAUGCUGAACCAGCAGAUGCAUCUGAUGAGCACGGCAUCCAAGGAACAAGUUGAGGACCAAAUUUCUAUGGGGUUCAACAAUAUGCUGACUGAAAAUCUACUUGAAAGCUCUUUCCAAGACGCCGGAUCUGAAUGGCAGAAGAUAAUCAAGAAUCGGUUAAGGCCGGCCAACCUAGAUGGCCAAAAAAAGUGGAGGGGCAAAUUACGUAAGACAGCGACAACUACUACAACUACAACAACAACUAAAGCUCCAGUUUCAAACCCAACUCAGCCCACAAGAUUACAACUGAGCAGCAGUAACCAGAGCGACAGUGAAGUAACACCCAUGGAAACCAUUGACAGCAAUGAGCCAACUGAAGUUUCAGGCUAA